AUGGCGUCGCCGGAAGAUCACCCGCCGCUAACCACAUCGGGCCCCUCGCCCGAACUCGACGGUCGGUCGCCGCUGAGAAUACCACCCGCGGAAGCCGACUACUCGCCGCUGUCGGAGUUCAAGCUCCAACACUACACACCCACCCUGCCCCCUCAGGGCGACACCAACGGCCAUGAGCUCCCUGAUUUCCAAGUGAGCACCGUGAAAGUGGUCGAAUAUCAGCCGGGGCAAAAAGUCCAGCGGCUAGGACGCCCUCGGCGCCACCUCGUUGGCCAUGAAGGCCCCACCAAGCUGGAAAAGGAGCCGGGGGCGGCGCUGAAACCAGCCGACGACGAACUGGGACCCCUCGACGUUUCAUCGGGGUUACAAGUAUCUGAUAAGCUGAAUUCAGUCAAAUCUACCACCACCACUCCUCGUAAACGGAUGGCUCAGUCGCAGUUGGAUGUGGGCAGUGGACUGGUGGAAAUUGCCGAAACCAAGCGGCCUCGGCGCACCACCAGACUCAGCCAAAAGGCUAGAGAGGCUCAAGCGAAUAAUGCGGCUGCUCAGGAGCUUGAAGCAGCUCCGGCACCGGUGGAAAAGCCGGUGCUGAAAACACCUACAAAACUGGCGGUGAAAACCCCGUCGAAAUCUACAAAGCUGACAACGAAACUGACUACGAAACUGGCGGAAAAAGUGGCCGUCAAAGCCGAACCCACCGCUGAAGCCCCUACUAAAGGCGUACCCACUGAAGCUGAAGCUGUGAUCAAACGGGAAGAGACUUCCCCUCCCUCACUGGCGCCGCUGGAGACGAAAUUUCGCGUCACUCCCGCCCCUCCCACUCCCCUUAGCUUUGGCAGCGUGUCUCGCACCGGGUUGACCCCGAGAGUGGAGAAUAAGCUUUGUCGCCAGCUCCCCGGUCCCGUCACUGGUGUCCACUACGACUUAUACGAUGAUAACUUCAUCAACAAACCGCUGGUGACAGGAGAAGGGCUUGACGCUGUGACCAAACAAAUUGCCGGUGGGUUCACUGUGACACCAGCGAAAUACGCCGCGGACAUUGUCUACAUCCUUGAGUUCCUCAAUAAGUUUCGGGAUAUCAUUGGCAUCGACGGACUCAGUCCGCAACUGUUCGAAAAGGGACUUGGUCUCACCUCCAGACCUUCGCGUCAGCUGAAGUUUACGGCGCUGUUUGUCAGCCCUGACAUGCAACUGGUGUUCCUCAAGUUGUUGGCGUUGGUACUCAACCGUAAGAAGGAAGUGGUGUCGCAGGCACUGGCAAUCAUGGAGCUCCGGCCGCAGUCGGUGACUUUGGGGCUUGCCAAAGAGUGGAAGCGUACGGUGGUGGUGAAAGUUGACCAUGAAGGUAAACUGGUCGAGGUCGACGACAACGGCUUCAAUCAACCGUUGGCGCUCAAUGACCUUGUGGACGAGAGUCGUCCCGACUUGAUUCCGUUACAAUCGCCCAAUCUUUACCGCCACUACAUCGAGUAUAACCCGUUUGACGACCCUGAGUUUGAGCAGGAAGGGUUGGCGAUGCUUCUGCCCGAAGACCGGCUCAUCAUGUUGAGAACUUUGGUACACUGGGCCAUGGCGCAACUGGACCAAAUCAGAUCAAUCAUCAACUCCGAAUACCAGACAUUCGAAAUGCUGGGGGACAAGGAUACUUUAUACGCCGCUCGUAUCGUGUUGCUAGGUCCGCAAAAUUGUGAAGAGAUGAAGAAGGAAGCUGAAGUUAAGCUCAAUCGGCGGAAAGCAGAAGAGGCGGAAAAGUACGUCGACCCUACCCUGAAUCCCCUCGAUCACGGGUUACGAUUGCGGCUCGUGGAAGGGUUUGCUGGUGAUGGUGGGGCGUUUAUUGGUCGCUUCUACAUCAGUGGUAUGCUUGAUCCCAACACUGGAGGCUUAGCCUCGAUGGACACUAUGCGCAAGGUGUGGGAAAACCCCGAAUCCAGUGGGCCGCAAACACGUCGUCGUCGGGGUGUGGCGUUCAAAUUAUAUGUUCAGGACGUCCACAAAAUGUUGAACCGAGCUUACACUAACGAUGGGCUUGAGUUUGACGCCAAUGGUAAUGAAGUGGCGCUGACGGUGGUGGAUCUGGACGAACACACUGAGUGGUACGAGGUGGCGCUGAACCUGGAAGAGUUGCUGCUGUUUGUACACUAUUUGAGUGAGGUAUUAGGACAUGACAAGGGGAAAAAUGGCUCUGCUGGUGACGCCGAUGAGAAAGUAACCUCACUACCAUACACGUGUGGAGUGUACUCGCUGUUGAGCAAUCUCCAUCGUUACUUGAGCCACUUGUUGCCAGUGUUGCAACAUAAUGAAGUGCCGACGUGA